AUGCAGGACCUAAUGGCCAGGUGUUCAAAUAAACAAACUCAAAUAGAGAAUUAUGAAAUUGUCCACACUAUUGGAGAAGGAUGGCAUGCUACAGUUCUGCUGGCCUGGCAUGUUGUGGCCGGGACCGAGGUGGCCCUUAAGGUAAUAAAGAAACGCAAACUGAAAUUCCACUACGUCCUAGGGUUCAUGUGUGAGAGGAGACAUACGCAGCUGUUAAAUCAUGAAAAUAUAGUGAAAGUCCUCAAUGUCAUUGACACGGAAGAUUCAACCAUCACGGUUCUGGAGUACAUGAGCCGGGGAGACAUGCAAGCCUACCUGGAUGACCAGGGCCGCAUGAUGGAGCAGGAGGCCCAACAGCUCUUCCGGCAGCUCCUAUUGGCCCUGAACCACUGCCAUGAGUGGGGCAUCGUGCACUGGGACCUGAAACCAAGCAACUUGUUCCUUGAUGUGGACCACAAUGUGAAGACUGCAGACUUCACUCUGAGCUAUGAUUACUGCCCUGGAGAGAAGUUAGGUACAUUCUGCGGCACCCCUGUCUUUACAGCCCCUGAGAUCUUCCUGGAGUUGAUGUAUUUAGGCCUGCCUGUGGAUGUGUGGAGCCUUGGUGUUAUUCUGUACAUCAUGGUGACUGGGUUUGAACCCUUCCAAGGACGAGACUACCAGGAGACGAAGCAGAGUGUGCUCACAGGGCAUUAUUAUGUGCCCGACGACCUAUCAAAAGAAAUAAGAACAUUAACAGCAAGCAUGCUGACCCUUGACCCGACAACCAGAGCUACUCUACCCCAUCUUCGGCAGCAUCUAUGGGUCAAGAUGGAUGAGAAGGAGCCACUCCAGCCACUCUGUGAAGAGGACUUGGAGGUGACAGUGCAGAACACCAGUGGCACCCGGGACAUUCGCGGGAAGAGCAGCACCCAAGACACCAAAAGCACCCAUGACACCUGCAGCAAAAGUGGCACCCAUGGCAAGAGGAGCACCAGUGACACGGCAAGAGCAGCACCCAAGACACCAGCGGCACCCAGGACACGAGCAGCACCCGGGACACCAGUGGCACCCAGGACACCCAAAGCAUGA